AUGAUCCAAACUUCCUCCAGACAUGGAUUAUUAGAUAAUCAGACUAAUAUUGAUAAUGAAAAAUAUGAUUAUUAUCGGUCUGAAUUGAAAUUAAAUCAACUAACUUUUCCAAGAUUAAAAACAAUUCGUUGUUCAUAUCAAUUACUUUGUUCACUUCCUUCAUUAAGUUUUUUAAAUCUUUCUUUUGAAAUUAUUGAUAUGAAACUGAACAAUAAAGAUCAAUACACCCUAUUUCAUUCACUUCAAAACAGAAUCAUCUCUAUUGAACGAUCAGAGUGGAAUAAUCAAUUUACUCAACUCACUUCUCUAACAAAAAUUGAUUGUUAUUUCUCAAGUGAAUGUAAUUUCAUUCAUUUAAAACAAAUGAAUAACCAAUUACAAUGGAUGUUAGUUCGUUGUCAUUACCCAGAAAUAACAUUAAUAACUAAACAUUUACUGAAAUAUCCACAACAAACUGUAUUUAUGUUUGAUCAAGCACAUCAUAUGAAAGAUAAUGAUUUAAUUCUAUUUAAGGCAUAUAAAUUUAUAGUUACUGUAGAAGGUCAAAACAAUAUUCCAAGUGAUAAUGUCAUUAGAUUAAAAGAAUUAUGGUUACCAAAUACAACUAAUAUUAAUAUGAUUCAAUCUAUGGUGAAAAAAUAUUGUGCUUUUAAACUCAUAUUAUCAAAUCCUUCAAUUUUACAAACAAAAUACAAUAUUUAUGAUCUGACUUCUUUGACAGAAGUAAAAUCAUUAGAAAUACAUUCUAUUAGUUGUAAUGAAAUUAAAUUUCCAUCUACACUUACUGAAUUAAAAUUAUUUUCAUGUACUAUUGAAAAUAAACAGAAUAUAGUAUUACCAUUGUGUAAACGACUUAUUUACAAUGAAAUUCAUAUGAAAUCAAAAUUUAUUAUAAGUAAAAAUGGGUAUAUUAGUAUCACAAAAUCUGAAUGGUUUAUUGAAAAUAAAGACAUUCUCUAUUUUGAAGGUAGUUUUAUUUCUGAUGAUUCUACACAAUGCAUUGUUAUUAAAGAUUCACAAACAACAGAAUGUACUGAAGACUCUGAAGACAAAAUUAUUUCUUCCUCUCGAACUAAUUCUCAAAUAGAUCCUAAUUUUUCUAUUCAAUCAUAUAAACCUCCAUCAUCAAGAAAAACACCUAUCUCAAUUAAUUUACAAUAUCAAGCAAUACCAUCAACAAUACCUAAUAUUCUAUCAUUAGAAAAUUGUUUUCAAUUGAAUAGUCUUAAAGUUUCAACAAUUAUUCAUCCAGACUAUUCAAAAUUUAAAUGUCUUAAACAACUUCAUUUUUUCAAUUGUAACUUUGAUGAAGAAAUAACACUUCCGGAAUCUACAACACAAAUAAUUAUAGAAAACAGUGAUUAUAUAGAAUUUAAAUCAAAUAAUUUAUUAAAUAUGAAACUCAUUCAUGUUAAUGUAUUACCACUCUCAAAAUAUCCUACAACACUUACUUCACUCUUACUUAAUAAUACUCAAAUUAAUAAGACAAUUGAAUAUUGUCGUCUAAAAACUUUAUAUUUAAAAGAUUUAUGUCAAUGCCAAGACUUAGAAUAUCUUCCACAUUCUUUGAAUUAUCUUCGUUGUGACUCUUGUACAUUGACUUCUAUUCUUUUUCUUGAUUCUCUUCAUUUGACUAAGUUAUUAUUUUAUAAUGUAAGUGGAACAGAAAUUCUAUCUCUUCCAACAACCAUUCAACUUGUGAAUCUCUGUAAAUGUAAAUUACUAAAACAAAUUAUUUUAUCAGAAGCAACUCAUUUGAGGAAAUUUUAUUUAAGGUCAUGUGAUGUUCUUCAACACCCAUCUCUUCCACCUUCAUGUAUGGAUCUAAACUCAAUUGAACUUAUUUCUGCUUCAGAGAAACAAUUAUUAAAUCUAUAUAAUUGA